CUCAGGCCCGCAGACUGGUGAUUUGCAAACACUAGUCAUGACUGCACAGUUGAGAGUCAGCUAUCUUUUCCCUCUUCUCCUAGCUAGCUUCAUGCAAACAAAUCCCAUGGCGGAGAAGGUGAAGAUGGAUUGCUACAAAGAUGUGAAAGGCACCAUCUUUGACUAUGAGGCCAUUACUAUUAAUGGAAGUGAAAACAUUCAGUUCACGCGGUAUAUGGGCAAGCAUGUCCUAUUUGUCAACGUGGCCACCUAUUGUGGUCUGACAGCUCAAUAUCCUGAACUAAAUGCACUCCAGGAGGAGCUGAAGCCCUCUGGUCUAGUUGUGUUGGGCUUUCCCUGCAACCAGUUUGGAAAGCAAGAACCGGGAGACAACAAAGAAAUUCUUCCCGGAAUCAAGUAUGUCCGCCCAGGGGGAGGAUUUGUACCUAAUUUCCAGCUUUUUGAGAAAGGGGAUGUGAAUGGCGACAAAGAACAGAGCAUUUUUACCUUCUUGAAGCAAUCCUGUCCUCACCCCUCUGAGAUUUUGGCCUCAUUCCGAUAUAUCUCCUGGGAACCCAUAAAAGUCCAUGAUGUCCGCUGGAACUUUGAGAAGUUCCUGGUGGGGCCCAAUGGAGUCCCCGUCAUGCGCUGGUCCCACCGGGCUACAGUCAGCACAGUCAAGUCAGACAUCCUGGAAUACUUGAAGCAAUUCAAAACUAAAUAGGAAGGCAGAGUUAGGGGCAGGAGCCAUCUUGCUUCUCAACCUAAAGACUUGCUGCAAAAAAAAAAAAAAAAAAAUCUAUCUUCUUGCCAUACUCUCUUCCCAAAUGGCCUCCACUUCAUUAAAUCACCUUCAUACUGCCAAAUUUCCCACUCUCCACCAAGUAGAUUUAUAUUUGGAAGGCUACUGCUAUUUCUCUUUGUAAGAGUAUGUGGGUGAAGAAUAAAAAUGGAAAUCCUAAGUCUCCAGGCCUCUGCUACAAAUUGAAUCAUUCAUGUCCAUCAAAGGAAAAUCCUUCCACGAGAAUUGUUCAGUCUGCUGUGGUAUCCUGAAUAUCAAUGUCCCUAGACAGCCCAACUGGGUUAUACUCAUAUAAUCUAGCUUCUACUUUAUAACAUUUUUUUGUCCCCUAGGACAAACAUGUCUUGUCAGUUUCCAGCUCUUUACAGAUCAGUCUUCAUCCAUGACAUGUCCCCUCACCUGCCAUUAUUCUGUGGGAACCCCAAGGUAGAGUGAGAGCAGGACCAUUUCCUCACAAGAAAAGAGGGCAAUGCUAGUGGGACCCAGAGCCUCUCUGUGUUUGGCCAUACAAAAGCUUCCCUUAUUGUCUGAUCUUUAGCACAUUCAGGUUUGGGCACCUGAGCAGAAAUGCUCUUUAUCUUUCCAAGGAUGGGAUUUCCCCUCUCAAUCCUGAGUUCUCAGCUUCAGAACCAGCCCUUCCUCU